AUGGGCAAACGGAGCAACUCUCUGCCCCGCACACCCUCCGAGGUCAACGACGAACACAGAGACCUCUUGGGCCAAAUGGAUCGGCAGAUGUCCUAUUCCGAGAAAGACGGGACACGCACCGGGAGUCGGGCGUUUAGGGACGAGAAAGUGGUGCACCGAGACGGGGACAGACACAGCGUAGAGCCUGGGCGACGGAACAGCGGGUUUAUGCGACAGAACUCCAAUGGAACGGUUGAUGAAGAAGACCAUGCUACAGCCUUGGAGGUGGGCAAUUCCCAGGCAGGCCUCACUAGAGACGUCUCUUACAAGGCAGCCAAGCGUAGCUAUCGAGCGCAGGUGCGGG